CUCCACCACCUCCACCAUGGCGCCGCUCCACCGGCGGUUGCUCCACCUCGCCGUCGUGUUCGCCGGCCUCCUCCUGCCGGGCGUCCGCGCGGGCACCGGCGGCGCCGCGUCCGGCGACGCGGGCGCGCUCCUCGCCGCCAGGGCCGCGCUCACGGACCCGACCGCCGCGCUCUCGGCAUGGCGCGGCGACGACCUCUGCCGCUGGCCGCACGUGGCGUGCGACGCCGCGGCCGGGAACGCUGCCGUCUCCGACGGCGUCGUCGCGGGGCUCUACCUCGGCGGUCUGUACCUCGCCGGGGGGUUCCCCGUCGCGCUCUGCUCGCUGCGGUCGCUGCGGCACCUCGACAUGUCGUCGAACGACCUCACGGGCCCGCUUCCCGCCUGCCUCGCGGGGCUCCAGGCGCUCGAGACGCUCAACCUCGCGUCGAACAACUUCUCCGGCGAGCUCCCGGCGGCCUACGGCGGCGGGUUCCCGUCGCUGGCGGUGCUCAACCUGAUACAGAACCUCGUCUCCGGCGCGUUCCCGGGGUUCCUCGCCAACGUAACCGCGCUCCAGGAGCUGCUGCUCGCCUACAACUCGUUCUCCCCGUCGCCAUUGCCGGACAACCUCGGCGACCUCGCCGCGCUCCGCGUGCUUUUCCUCGCCAACUGCUCCCUCACCGGUAGCAUCCCUCCUUCCGUCGGGAAGCUGACCAACCUCGUCGAUCUGGACCUCUCGAGCAACAACCUCACCGGUGAGAUACCACCGAGCAUCGUGAACUUGAGUUCUUUGGUCCAGAUAGAGCUCUUCUCCAACCAGCUCUCCGGCAGGAUUCCGGCGGGGUUGGGCGGCCUCAAGAAGCUCCAGCAACUGGACAUCUCGAUGAACCACAUCUCCGGCGAGAUACCGGAGGACAUGUUCGCCGCGCCGAGCCUGGAGAGCGUGCACAUGUAUCAGAACAACCUGACCGGGCGGUUGCCGGCGACGCUCGCGGCGGCGGCGAGGCUGACCGAGCUGAUGAUCUUCGCCAACCAGAUCGAAGGGCCGUUCCCGCCGGAGUUCGGGAAGAACUGCCCGCUCCAGUCGCUGGACGUCUCGGACAACCGCAUGUCCGGCCGGAUUCCGGCGACGCUCUGCGCCGGCGGGAAGCUGAGCCAGCUCCUGCUGCUGAACAACAUGUUCGACGGCGCCAUUCCCGACGAGCUGGGGAAAUGCAGGUCGCUGAUGAGGGUGAGGCUGCCCUGCAAUCGGCUCUCCGGCCCGGUGCCGCCGGAAUUCUGGGGAUUGCCCCAUGUCUACCUGCUCGAGCUCCGUGGCAAUGCGUUCUCUGGCAAUGUCGGCGCCGCCAUUGGCCGUGCCGCGAACCUGUCCAACCUCAUCAUUGAUAACAAUCGAUUCACCGGUGUUCUUCCUGCUGAAUUGGGGAAUUUAACCCAGCUGGUGGUGCUGUCGGCUUCGGACAACAGCUUCACCGGGACAGUGCCGCCGUCACUCGCAUCUCUUUCGGUGCUUUUCCUGCUUGAUUUGAGCAACAAUUCCCUUUCUGGAGAGAUCCCGCGCAGCAUCGGAGAACUGAAGAAUUUGACAUUGUUGAAUCUUUCAGACAACCACCUCAGUGGUAGUAUACCUGAAGAGCUUGGGGGUAUGGAUAAGAUGAGCACGCUUGAUUUGUCGAACAAUGAGCUUUCUGGUCAGGUGCCUGCACAAUUGCAGGAUCUGAAACUGCUGGGUGUUCUUAACCUGUCCUAUAACAAGCUCACUGGGCAUCUUCCAAUCUUAUUCGACACUGAUCAAUUCCGACCGUGCUUCUUGGGUAAUCCUGGCCUGUGCUAUGGGCUAUGUUCAAGGAAUGGUGAUCCUGAUUCCAACCGGCGUGCCCGAAUCCAGAUGGCUGUAGCCAUCCUCACAGCUGCUGCUGGCAUUCUACUCACGAGUGUUGCCUGGUUCAUUUACAAGUAUAGGAGCUACAAUAAGCGCGCCAUCGAAGUUGACAGCGAGAAUUCAGAGUGGGUACUCACAUCCUUCCACAAGGUGGAGUUCAAUGAGAGGGACAUUGUGAAUAGCCUGACUGAGAACAAUUUGAUUGGCAAGGGUUCAUCAGGGAUGGUGUACAAGGCUGUUGUCAGGCCUAGGAGUGAUACCUUGGCUGUGAAGAAGCUUUGGGCAAGUAGCACGGUGGCGAGCAAGAAGAUCGACAGCUUUGAGGCCGAGGUGGAAACAUUGAGCAAAGUUAGGCACAAGAACAUUGUCAAGCUCUUCUGCUGUCUUACGAACGAGGCAUGCCGGUUGCUUGUCUAUGAGUUCAUGCCUAAUGGCAGCCUGGGAGACUUUCUCCACAGUGCCAAAGCUGGCAUCUUGGAUUGGCCUGCGAGGUACAACAUCGCACUCGAUGCUGCUGAGGGGCUCAGCUACUUGCACCAUGACUUUGUUCCCGCGAUCAUCCACCGAGAUGUGAAGUCAAACAACAUUCUGCUUGAUGCUGAUUUUCGUGCCAAGAUAGCAGAUUUUGGCGUCGCGAAGUCUAUUGGUGAUGGGCCGGCCACCAUGUCUGUCAUUGCUGGUUCUUGUGGAUACAUUGCUCCUGAGUAUGCCUACACUAUACGUGUAACUGAGAAGAGCGAUGUAUAUAGCUUUGGUGUGGUCAUGCUGGAACUUGUUACUGGAAAGAGUCCCAUGUCAUCCGAUAUUGGUGACAAGGACCUGGUGGCAUGGGCAGCCACCAAUGUGGAGCAGAAUGGGGCAGAGUCAGUGCUAGAUGAGAAGAUUGCUGAACAUUUCAAGGAUGAGAUGUGUAGAGUUCUGAGGAUUGCGCUGCUCUGCGUUAAGAACCUCCCAAACAACCGCCCGUCGAUGAGGCUUGUGGUGAAGUUCUUGCUUGACAUCAAGGGAGAGAACAAACCGAAGGCGAUGAAGAUUACGGAGGCGCUCCCUGCCACAUGAUUUCAGGCAACGGAUGAUACUACUAGCGGUAGUAUGUGCUCUUCUUGGACAAUGUACUUGAAACCGUUGGAAUUAUAUCCAGUCCUAAGAAGUGCACCCCAGAUAGCAGCUAGGUAUCUCUGAAACUUUAGCAUUUUGAUAACCUAAUAAUGUUGGAAAUAUUUAGUCGGGUUCAGCUCUGCAUGAAUGAAAUGUGCAUGUUGCUAUCAAACUAUCUUUGUGUGGCAAAGUUUAGAUGUUCAUGACUAGUUAAUCUUUUUUUUUCCUCAUUGAGUAUAGUUGCAUCUUUCUGUGUCCA